AUGCGCGCUGCAUUCGCUACUGCUCUUAUCUCUGCUGCCUUUCUUGGUGUCUCCGCCGGUCCUGGUCUCUCCCUCUCUAUUAUUACUCCCGACUCCGUCUCGGACGUUGAAAAUCUCUCCGUGACGGCGAUUGUAAAGAAUACUGGUACCGAGACGCUCAAGUUGCUCAAAGACCCUCGUGGUGUACUUUCAACAGCCAAGACGCAUACAUUCAAUGUUGCUAAUGAGAAAGGGUCUCCUGAAUUCACUGGUCUAUUCGUCAAGUACUCGCCAGAGACUGCCAUUAAGGCCAAUAAUGCUGCAAAUUUUGCAGUUUUAGAGCCGGGUCAGUCUUUCGAAAUCACUCACAGCCUUGCCGGUGUAUAUAACUUUACCAGUACCGGCCCUGGACAAUUCAAGAUCGAUGCUUCCGAUGUAUUCCAGUACGUUGAUGCUGCUGGAAAACUUGCUACUAUCAAGGCUUCUAGCGAGUCGAAGAGGUUUGGCAUUAGCGGCAACCUCGUCUCGACCCGCCAAUCUCAGAUUGCUAGUGCAGUGACUGCUGCCAAUAAUUACGUUUCCGGUGCAAAUACCUAUCUCGCUUCUGUAACCUCGACUGCGAGCAAGCCCCGAUAUACAACCUGGUUUGGUACUUAUAACGCAAAUCGUCUCUCAACUGUCCGCUCUCACUUCUCGCUCAUUGGCACCGACGCUUCGAGCACCACUUAUGAUUGCUCCACAUGCACUAUGAAUGCAUAUGCAUACGUCUAUGCCAAUCAACCUGGCCGUGUUUAUCUUUGCAGUGCUUUCUGGAAUGCCCCAUUGACCGGAACUGAUUCCAAGGCCGGGACAAUUGUUCACGAGCAAUCUCAUUUCACUGUCAACGGUGGUACUGAUGACUACGUCUACGGACAGUCCGGCGCCAAGAGCCUCGCCAUCUCGAACCCCGCUCAGGCUAUCAUGAAUGCUGAUAACCAUGAAUACUUUGUUGAGAAUACGCCUGCGCAGUCAUAG